AUGUCUCCCGGUAUAGGUGAUGACGACGAAGAGUAUCUAAAGAGAUUUGUAACCGAAUUUCUUCCGGAAUUGCCUGACCAUGUGGUCUGGAGUAUAGUCAAUAUGCUUCCCCCAGAAUACAUAUUCGAUUUCCUACUAUAUCUUCCAGAUUCUGCCAUUAGGGAUGUUUUGAAAGACCAACUUUACAACAAGCAGCUCCAUCUCUUACUACUACCUCGAACGAGUAGUUAUAGGAAGGAGCUAGUUACAGUUUCGCCAUAUGUUAAGCUAAUGGGGUACUUUGAGAUUACCCAAUUUCUUCGAGAUAACGAAGAUUUGAACCCAGCAAAGCUUGUAUUGGAUGGGUGUGGAGAUGUUCCUUCUUUGAAGAGUAUAAUGGAAACCAAUCGAGAACGACUAACUACAAAAGUCGGCGAUUUAGUGGUAUUGGCAGACAAUGACGUUACUACUGCUGAUGUCAACUUCUUCCUUUCUUUCCCCAAUUUGAAAAGGCUCCAGAUUCACCAAUUGCAAACUAAAGAGAGGAACCUCGUACGAAUAAAUGAGAAUCUUAAAAAGCACAAAAAUCUAGAUACAAUUAUCUUCCUCGGACAUAACUAUAGAGAUUGGACGGGUGUAGAAUUUCCAAGAAGUCUCAGUCAUUUGGAUUUGUCGUGGUACGACUUUACAAAACCAGAAACCAUUCAACUUCCUCCAGGACUCAAGGAAUUGUAUCUCAACAAGGCCGGUGUUAAUCUGUUAAACAUCUCGAAAAUAUCAUUUCCUGAGAAUUUGCACACUUUGAUGCUUACCUAUAACGAUAUUGAAAGUGUUGACUUGUCAGAUUUCCCUAGAAACCUCAAUACUCUAGAUCUUUCCUAUAACCGAAUUCUGGAUGUAUAUGAUCGCAAAGGUACUGGCUGGCCGUCACAAUUGAAGUCGUUAUUGCUCACACAAUGUGGAAUAGACGAUGCCAUAUUCCAACAAAUGGCAAGCUUAAAAUGGCCCCAGGACUUGAAGAACAUGGUACUCACCAAUAAUCCCAUCACUUCAUUUAGUAAUUUGGAUUUCCCACCCAAUCUUGAAUUGCUUGACCUUUCUUUGACCAGGUUAGGGUCGUUGUACGAUACUAGGAACUCUCCUCAUAAGGGUCCUUAUUUCAUAUUUCCAGAAUCAUUGAAGAUCCUCAGAAUGUUCGAGCUUUCGCUUCGUGUCAACGAGGAAUAUCGAGGCUUGAGAAUGAAAUUACCAUCUAGUUUAGAGCAGCUUGAUUUGACAGAGUGUUUUCUUAGUCAUCUUGAAAUCUUUGAGUUUCCCAGAUCCUUACAAGUCCUAAGGAUGUCUGGAAACAAGAUCAGUGAUUUGAAGUCUUACAAUAAUGAAGACGUCAAUUGGUCUCAGUUGGUGAAUUUGAAACGAUUGGAAAUGGACUUCAACAGGAUCGGCGAUCUUUCCGAUUGGUAUCCUCCUCCUAAUUUGGAGGUUUUGAAUCUCACACAGAAUCCUCUCCGAAUGAUCCACUCAAAAUUUCCAUUAUUCAGUACACCUCCCGUUCUGUUGAAAGAGUUGAAUUUAUCGUUCUGUUCUAUCGAAGAUAUAGAUGAGAAGAUUACACUACCUCCAUUCUUGAAGAUUUUCGAUCUACAUGACAAUUUUCUUCAGGAUACAUUCACCAUUCCGUCAGCAAUCUGUGAACACAAGCAUUUGAAGCGAUUGGACUUAAGCCGGAAUGGUAUAACUAAGUUAAGUUACGGAAGCAAGGGUUCUUCAAAGUUGAAGACAUUAGAUCUUUCAGAGAAUAUGAUACGAUCUUCACGAACGGAAUUGGAAGACUUCUACAGUGCCAUGGCUACAGGAUUGGGAGUAGUGGUUAGAAACAAACGAUUCAAGAUUAACAGCAUACAUAAUUUUUAA